AUGGGGGUCUACGCCUCUCCGAGUGCCCCCAUCGUGGCGUUUGAGUGGCUGCUGGACGGGGUCCGAGACGCAUUGUCCCGCUCUCCAGUAGCCCGAACGCUCGUGCUGGGCGACUUCAACGCCAAGUCCACGGCGUGGGGUGGCCCGGCAACGGACGCAAGGGGUCGGGCGGUGCUGAAGUGGGCGGCGAGCGCGGACCUGCGGCUGCUUAACCGGGGGUCCGUGAGCACGUGCGUGCGGUGGCAGGGCGAGUCGAUCGUCGACUUGUCGUGGGCGACGCCUGCCGCCUCGCGUCUCGUGUCGGGAUGGGGGGUAGCGGAGGAGGUGGAGUCCCUUAGUGACCACCUCUACAUCCUUAUGGAUGUCUCCGCUGCCCCUCAGUACCAUCCCGCUCACGGACCCGCGCCCGGCCGACCGCCGCACAGAUGUGCGCUGAAGCGCUUGGAGAAGGACGCCCUGAUUGCGGCCGCCCUUGCCGUGUCCUGGCCGAAUGCCCCAACUGGACCGGUCGCGGACGUCGAUCGGGAAGCUGACUAUUUUCGGGAGUCAUUGACGGCGGCGUGCGACGCCGCCAUGCCCCGAGCCAAGAAGUUCCGUAGGCGGACCGCUUACUGGUGGAGCGAUGAGAUUGUCGCGUUGCGUGCUACAUGCAGCGUGGCGCGACGUCGCUUCACGAGGGCCCGCCGGAGACGGAACCGCGACCCAGCGAGGGUGGCGGCGCAGUAUGAGGUCUACCGAGAGGCCACGGUGGACCUCCAGUGUGCAAUCGGGAGGGCCAAGGCGAGCGCCUGGGGAGAGCUCCUCGAGACUCUGGACAAGGAUCCGUGGGGGCGGCCCUACCGCAUCGUGCUGGGCCGCAUGUGCCCGGCCGCCCCUCCUGUCAUGGAGUCCCUCGACCCCCCCGUUCUGCAGCGUGUCGUGGAUAACCUAUUUCCGGUAGAUCCGGAGGAGGGUCCGCGGCCGCUCCUGCCGGCGGAGGCCAGUAACUGGUCCGCCGGACUGGUGGUCACCGAGUGCAGUUGGCUGACUGCCAAUACGGUUUCCGCGAGGACCGGUCGACGCUUGAUGCGAUCGACCACGUCCAUGCCCUCGCGGACCGGGCGGUCUUCCGGGGUGGGGUGGCGUUGGCGAUUAGUCUCGACAUCGCAAAAGCAUUCACCACCCUGCCCUGGGGCACGAUCCGGGCGGCGCUCCGAGAACACGGAGUGCCUCCAUAUCUACGGGUCGUGGUAG